UGCAUUUGAUCCUGGAAACGCAGACGACUUUUCGUAAAAUGAUGCGACAUGAGAGCGUCGCCCACGGAUUUGACAAGAACGGGACAAUUAAGUGACGCGUUUUGUGCAUCGUACGGAAAUAUGUAAUUUAGAUUCCGGAACUACAAAUGUUUGUCAGUGAAAUUUACAUCUAAUGUAAGAUAAAUAGAUAAUAGGCAGUGAACAUGUGAAAUAUAUUUAACCUUUAUGGUAAAAAAAAACAAACAACACACAACUUGAAUACACUCCUCUGUUUAAGGAUUAUAUUACGUAAAGAUAGCAAAGAUAUGUUUAAACGACCAAAAUGUGAUAGCUUUAUCUUUUUACAUUUUUUUUUUCCUUCAUUAAUCUCAUUACAUGUAUUUGUAAAAUAAUUUCUACAGUGUGUGUACAAGUUUAAAUGUGUUUUGGAAUUUACACAAUUAUCAAGAGGUAUCUACAUAGUUUAAUUUUAAACUACUUUCUUAGAUAUCUAAUGUUUAUAACAUGUUAAGUUAAUGAUAAAUUACAGUAGUUAUAUAUUUCCGUAUUAUGGGCAAUUAUAUUCAGAGGGGGAUUAAUGUUUGAAAUGGGCGAUAGGAAGUUUAUUAUUUGGAGAUUUUGCAUUGUUUUAACUGUGAUCGGAUUUAGGAAUGCGUCGGAGCAGCGGUCGGCCCGCCGGGACGGAAAUAUCAUUCUUGGUGCAUUAUUUCCAGUUCACCGGCCUCCGCACGAUACGAGUCGGUACACGAGAAGUUGUGGUGAAAUAUGGGAGCAGUAUGGGAUACAUCGGACAGAAAUGUUCUUCCUUACACUAGAAGAAAUUAACAGUAACCCUAAAAUACUUCCGAAUAUAACUUUAGGCUGGGACAUUCGGGAUUCGUGUUGGUACUCGCCCAUAGCCCUCGAGCAAAGUAUUGAUUUCAUCAAAACAUCGAUAGCUAGCAUGGACGAAAACAAAAUGAACGAUAGUCUGCCGUCUUGCGGACGGGGUCGAAGCGGGAAGCCAAUUGCUGGUCUUAUUGGCCCUGGCUCGAGCCAGAAUACGAUCCAAGUCCAAAACAUGCUUCAGAUGUUUCACAUACCACAGAUUGGGUAUUCUGCCACCAGUAUGGAUCUAAGUAAUAAGAACUUGUAUAAGUACUUUCUACGCGUGGUACCCUCGGACACCUAUCAGGCGCAAGCCCUCAUUGACGUCGUCCUUCGCUACAACUGGACGUACAUAUCCACUGUGCACUCGGAAGGUAACUAUGGUGAGAAGGGUUUAGAAGAGUUUCGAAACUUGGCAAAGACUAAAAACGUUUGCAUAGCCAACGCUGAGGCUGCCCCAAGUGUGGACAAUGAUCUGGCCUUCAAUAAAAUCAUAGAGACGCUGUUGAAGACGGCACGUGCGCGUGUAAUCGUCUGCUUCUGUGAAGGAAUGACGGCAAGACGGCUCAUGAUGGCAAUGAAACGUAUACCAAAAGCACGCGAACACUUCCAGAUCCUUGCCAGUGACGGUUGGGCGGACAGACCUGAUGUUGUGUCUGGCAUUGAAGAUAUCGCAGUUGGCGCCAUAACGGUGAAACUUAUGUCAAGUCCUAUACCAUCAUUCGAUACAUACUUUCGGUCUCUAAAGCCGGAAAACAACAGUCGCAAUCCCUGGUUCCGGGAGUACUGGCAGUGGAAGUUUAAAUGUUACCUGCCCUGGUUACCGGCCGAGGAGCAGGACAAGAAACAGGAUCGCCCAUGCACUGGAAAAGAAAUCAUAAAAGACGUUGUUCAGGAUGCUAAACUGGGAUUUGUCGUCAAAGCCAUAUACGCCCUUGCACAUGCACUCCACAAUAUGCAGCAGGAUCUCUGUGAGGAUUCUGGGAUAUGCGACAAUAUGGCCGUGUUGGAUGGCGGGCUAUUCCUAGAGUACCUUUUGAAUGUUUCUUUCUCGUACGAAGGAGAGUCGGUUUUCUUCGAUGAAUUUGGUGACCCUCCACCUAGGUAUUAUAUCGUCAAUUACCAAAAGCACAUGACCUGGAAUGUAAAUGAGAGUUAUAAAUACGAAAUGAUUGGUUCCUGGAAUAGUGGGGUUCUCACAAUGGACGAUAACAGAGUCUACUGGCCUCAACACAACCAUGGGCAUGCCACAAAGUCCAUUUGCAGUGACGAGUGUCCCAAAGGGCAUAUCAAGAAAGUGCAUGACAUCGCUUGUUGCUGGGUAUGCACACCUUGCCAGGAUAACGAGAUUAUAAUUGACAGUGAAACAUGCCUUCCUUGCAGUCUCGGCUGGUGGCCAAAUCCAAAUCUUACAGAAUGUGUAACGAUACCUAUUGAGUAUAUCACCUGGUGGAACACCGAAGCGAUGGUGGCACUUAUUACAGCUUGUUUCGGGAUGUUUGUAACCCUUUGGGUUGGACUAGUUUUCAUACGCCACAAUAACACCCCUGUGGUCAAGGCCUCUACUCGAGAGCUCAUGUAUAUCAUUCUCAUUGGCGUUAUGAUGGCAUUUUGUAGCAACUUUGUUCUUGUCGCGAGACCAACUCUCGUAACGUGUUACUUCACGAGAAUUCUCCCAGGAAUGUCUUUCUCUCUUAUUUAUGGUUCUCUAGUGACAAAAACAAACAGAAUUGCUAGAAUACUGGAAGGUACGAAGAAAAUCAUAACUAAGAAACCACGAUUUAUGAGUGCGUCUGCGCAGGUCAUUAUCACCUGCAUAAUUAUCGGAGUAGAAUGCGCGAUUAUUACAAUAAUGCUGGUAAUUGAGCCAGCCGACUCGAAAUUUGAUUAUCCCGAACCGAAGCGAGUGAAGCUUAUUUGCAACACAACUACUAUGGGGAUUAUAGUUCCGCUUGGUUUUGACUUAGUGUUAAUUGCUAUGUGCACGCUUUAUGCUAUCAAAACCAGAAACUUGCCGGAAAACUUUAACGAAGCGAAAUUCAUUGGUUUUUCAAUGUACACCACGUGUGUGAUUUGGCUCGGCUUUAUGGCUAUUUACUUUGGCAGUGAACGUAAAGUAAUCACAAUGUCAGUGUCAGUUUCCCUUAGCGCAUAUGUCGCGCUCGUGCUUCUCUUCUUUCCAAAGGUUUACAUUAUAAUAUGGGCACCAGAGAAGAAUACUCGCAGCGCCUUUACCACUUCAAAAGACGUGCGUUGCCAUAUUGGAUCUAUUUCAUGUGCCUCUGGGGAAAGCAUAGACUUAAUAAGGGAUGUGAAACAGAUCGAUGGCUUGAAGGUUCCAGCUGGAAGAAGACGGGCAAGCUUCUUUCAAAGAUUGCGAUACGGAGGUACCGGACACCAUAAACGUCAUCAAAACGCGUCAACGUCUAGAUUAAAAAGAGAUGCUACGGGGAAAAUAAGACGCGAAAACUCAUUCCACGUUUCAGCGACAGCCGGAAAUUCCUCCUCGAAAGGAGGUUCGUUUUCAUGGGCUAAAAUGUCGGCGGCUGGGACUUCAGAAGAAGACAGAUUGAGUACCAUAAGCAGUAAAGACGGUUCCGAAGAGGUUAAAAGAAAACAUUCUCUGUAUCGACGCGAUUUUGGAUGUCAAACGGAACCGGAACUUAUGGAGAGUAUUCUUAACAUGCCGUAUUUACGAAGACGUUGUAGCCAGCGCAUACAGCGCACAAGAGCUAUUGACGAAGAUUACGCUUCCGUAAAAUUCAGUCCGAAUAACAGCAUGAAAGUUCGCUACCACAGAACACCCACUGACCCAGUCAAACCCGGAAAAGGCCCCGCUAUCCAGCAGUCUAAAACAACAAAUCGUGGUGAUUGCCGGACAUUUUUGUUUCCGGGUUAUUCUGACAGCCCUUUGUCAACAUCGGACGACAUCGAAAACGAAGAAGAUUUCGAAUAUUAUGAUAGUAUAUCAGAUUUACUUAAAGCUCAUAAAAUUACCCCAGUUUAUAUCGAUAAGAAAACACCAGUUUGUGUCAAUGAUAAAUCAAUGUCAACAUAUUUAAAUCCACUAGGUAAUCGUGAUAUAAAUGACUCUUCAAUUGAGGAAGACUCUGAAAAGCCAUUACUAAAUGGAGAUAAGAAAUCUCCAGAAUCUGAGGACCAAGACGGCGGAGUUCAUUUGGUUGUGGAGAAUAAUAUAGACGGAACAAACACAUCAGUUUUAAAAGAGUCCCCAUCAUCUAAUUCGCCUUUUCAUGUUGUCACAAUUGAACAUAAUCAAACUAAUCACACAGGUAAUGUUCCAGAAACUAUAGACAUUCCAACUCAAAAAUGUAACCAAAGAAAUUCAAUUUGUAAUGAAUCACCAAAAGAUAUUCCCAUGAACAGUAUUAACGCUAAGCGCCGCUCGUCUUCGCCCAUAUUUUCACGAAUUUCUUGCCAUUCUUUGAAUAUAUCGGACAGUAACGAUCAAAACCGAAGAAGACCGAGUGCCUUGAGUCAAGGGAGCAACAUUUCGGCGCGUGAUAAUGCUGUUCAGUCGUUUCCCGGCUGCAAAAGUGCUGACGAUAUGGCAACGACUGAUUUUGCGAAACCAGUAGAAACCAAAGACAAGAGCAUGGUCGAAUUUCAAACAUUCCUACGAGAGCGAGGUGUUGAACUUGAUAUGAACUACGUCGAAAGUAGUGAAGUUUGAUGAAAGUAGCCGUAACUGAAAUUAUUUUCAAUGAAGUGACACACAAGCAAACCAAGUAGUGUUCUGUAAGAAUGGUUAAAACAUUCAAAUCUAGAUGGUUCCGGGAACAGUUCCAGAUUGUGAAUUUAUCACAAUUAUAACAGGUUGUGUCUGAAGGACAGGUUGCGAGGUGGGAGGAGCUCGACGAGACAAUUAAAAACAAAGGUCGCAUGUGUUUUUGUAUUAUUAUGUUGUCAAAUAGUUUUAGAGGAAAGGUCCGGAAGUUCGAAAGUAACAACAUUUGUAGCAAAACUAUUACUUUUGUACAUACAGUUCAUUUAAGAGUGAACAUUUGUAAAAAAUUAAAUAAUUAAGCAUUAAUUGAUAUAACACGUAUUGUAGAACAAGGCACAUUCCCCUAAUAUCCUAGUUCAGUGAUGUUGUCAGGUGGCAUAGAUCAACUAUGUUGUAAAGUGAUUUCUUAGUUUAUUCGUAAACGUUCAUUUUCAGACAUCAGUCAACCCUACGGACUAUAAAAUGACAUUUUCAUUUAGAUCAUUAAAACUUUGUUUCAUAA